AUGGAAGAGAAUCUUCCUCCGGGAUUCAGAUUUCAUCCUACAGACGAGGAGCUCAUAACGCAUUAUCUUUCUCGGAAAGUCUCCGAUAUUGGAUUCACCGGUAAAGCUGUCGUCGACGUUGAUCUCAACAAGUGUGAACCAUGGGAUUUGCCAGCCAAAGCUUCAAUGGGAGAGAAAGAAUGGUACUUCUUCAGCCUAAGAGACCGUAAAUACCCAACCGGUUUAAGGACAAACCGAGCAACCGAAGCUGGUUAUUGGAAAACCACCGGUAAAGAUAAAGAGAUAUACCGAAGUGGAGUGCUGGUUGGGAUGAAGAAAACCCUAGUUUUCUACAAAGGAAGAGCUCCAAAAGGUGAGAAAAGCAAUUGGGUUAUGCAUGAGUAUAGGCUUGAGAACAAACAACCCUUCAAACCCGCUAAGGAGGAAUGGGUAGUGUGUAGGGUUUUCAAAAAGAGCACAUCAGCAAAGAAACCACAAGAACAACAACAACCUCAAUCUUCUCAACCAUCUUUUGGAUCUCCAUGCGAUGCAAACUCAUCGAUGGCAAAUGAGUUUGAAGACUUCGAGCUUCCGAAUCUGAACUCGAACUCAUCAACUGUCGAUUACAAUCAUAUGCAUCAAUAUUCACAAAAUAGUGUUUAUUCAGAAGACGUUGCAAGUACGGCUGGUCUCAAUAUGAAUAUGAACAUGGCUACUAAUGCUAAUCUCCAGUCUUGGACAACAAGUCUACUUGGUCCGCCUUUAUCUCCAAUCAACUCUUUGUUGCUCAAGGCUUUCCAAAUUAGAAACUCCUAUCCUUCUCCUCUUCAACAAGGGCUCUCCAAUAUUAUGCAAAAUGGUUCAAGUUCGUCUCAAGUGCAACCGCAGCCGCAAGAGGAAGCGUUCAAUAUGGACUCCAUAUGGUGA